CAUAGAUGUGAAACAAGCUCAAGGAAACCCCUUUAGUCUUCAUGAUUGCUGUCAAGGAAACCCCUUUAGUCUUCAUGAUUGCUGUUCCAUAUAUAUAUAUCUAUAACAAAUUUAACAAUCUGCUAUUUCAGAAUUUAGUUUUCUUUUUUUUCCCCCUACUCAAUAUAUUAUCUACAGGCCACCUCACAAACUAUAAAGACCAUGAGCUUCUGUUGUCUUGUAAUUUUGAGCUUGAUCUUUGCUCUGCCAUCUAUCUCUUUUGCAACUAUGGUUGGAAAAAACCAGCCAUGGAAAGUUGACACAAUCUUGGAGCACCAGAUGGAAGCUACUUCAAUUGAGAGCACUGAAAGUGGAGUAACAGGAGGGCUUAGACCAUGGAAGGGUCAAAGCAACUGGCGUCACCAGCAUCACCUAAAGAAUGUAUGUAAGUUCACUGAAUCAACAUACAUAAGCCACCCAAUAGAUGCAAUGAAAUGAUUUGCAAGAGCUUUCAACAGGUGCAUGGGAUUCUAAACAUCUUUGGAUGGGGGUUACUGUUGCCCAUAGGAGCAAUAGUGGCAAGAAAUUUCAGCAAGUUCCCUUUGAAAUGCGAUGAUUGGUACCAACUUCACACGCUGUGCCAAACUUCUGGAUACAUAGUGGGUGCGGUUGGAUGGGGCACUGGCAUAUGGUUGGGGAAUUCUUCCAGGCAAUACACUUUGAAGGCACAUCGGAUUCUAGGGAUCAUUGUGUUUACAUUGGCAACUCUACAAAUGUUAGCCAUGUGGUUACAAGCAAAGAAAGAAGAUGAAUGUGGCAAGUGGUGGGAGAUAUGCUAUAAUGUAUUAGGGUAUGUGGUGAUUGUUCUUAGCAUAGCUAACAUAUUCGAAGGGAUCGGCAAUAUCCGAAGCCAUGCUGCCGAGAAUUGGAGGUGGGUUUAUCUGGCGAUGCUUAUAGUUUUAGCUCUGAUAGCCCUGGCAUUGGAAAUAUAUAGAUGGAUCAAAUCCAAGAACCAGCAGCAGAUGCCAUUUGAUGACAACGACAUAGAUGCUUCACAACAAAUUUAAAUCUCCUUUUUCCUGUUGUGUAUGUGGUUUCCACUUCAAUUCGGGGUCAGAUUAAAAACUCACAGGAUUCUAGAACCGGAAAAGAAAAAAAAAGUGCAAAAACCUGAAACAGAAAAUCUGAGGCAAAACUUUAGAUGAGAUCAUCAAAACAGAGGGAAUAUCACAUCAUCUUGAUUUAUGCUUUCAAUUAAUAAUGCUUUUGUUACAUAUAUAUAUAUAUAGGAGUGAGAGACAAUUUUUUA